AUAAAUAUGGAGAAACCUGGAGAUGCUGAGUGUGCAAGGGCAGGUAAUAGGGAAAUGGGGCUGAAGAAGGUAGGCAAUAGGUAUGAGAUGGUUGGAUUAGAUGAUAGAGAUUGUAUUAGUGGAGAUUUUGGUGAGGAUAUAAGUCUUGCGGUAUGUAAAGAAGCAAGAAUACUUGGGCUUUAUGCAGAUUGAGCUCAGAGAUCAUUCGUUGAAAGGGUUAAGCAAAUAUUGGAUAGCUUGACUUCACUGAAGGAAUUGCUUUCUUUGGAAGAUCUUAUCUCUAAUGGAAAUGAUUACUUCUUAGACAAAAAGCUAGAUGAAACUUGACAGAGUGCCAUUAAUCUUUUGCAAAAAUACCAACAAAAUGACUUAAUAUCAGAUAACAAAAGCAAUUACAAAAGCAACUUAGAAAGCCUUAUCACUGAAGAAAAGAAACAUCACAAUGAGAUAGAACAUGUUAAGAGCAUCAUGAAUUCUUAUCCUUAUGAGAAAAUGUAUCUACGUGAAUGGAAAUAAGCGUAUAACAAGAAGUAAUACUCUAAAAUUAAACCUCAAACAUCAGAAGGAUAUCGAUCUGAUAAAGAGCUGGAAAACUGUGACUCUUUUUGGAGUAAGAUCUCUAAUGAUCAAGAAUAUGAAUUAUCAAAGCUUAAAAGCUAUGAAGAAUUUUCUAUUGAAUUGCUUUCCUGAAAGACUUGAUAAAUUUGACAUUGAAACUCCAGGAUUGUCUUUGAAGGAAUGAAAGAGGUGUGUGAAAGAGAUCAUCAGUGUCAGUCAUAUAAUAAAAAUAGAAGUCUGGCUCCACAAGUUACAGAUAAGCAAGAAACAAUUUAUGAGGAUAAUUUCAGCCUAUCAGAAUAAGAGAACUGUCUUGUUUUCUCAAUGAACAUUUUUCUUAGAAGGUAUUCCUGAUUUCACUCAUGCUUUGAAUGGAAGUACACUCAAAGAACUGAGAUUGCAUAGCUGUUGAGUCAUCGAUCAUACUGCAUCUUCAAAAAAUCUUCAAGGAAUCGAAAUCCUUUUAAAAGGAUUAUCAAGAUCAGCUUCGUUUCUGAAGAGUCUGGUGCUUCUUCAUUUGUCAGGCUUUAGUAUCAAAAAGACUCCCUCUCUCUUGCAAAAACUUGAACAGUGAGGGCUGGCUAAGUGACAAAUCUAUUUUUCAAUGUAA